UCUAUAAACUAAUUUUCAUCAUUAAUAAUGGAAAUAUUAUUGCAGUAUUUUUUAAAAUUAAAAUAUGAUCAAAAUCAGUUAGUAACUAAAUCAAAUUAUUGUACAAAUUAAAAUUAAAGAUUUAAUAUUGUUACAGUGACAUAGUCAGGGAAGGGGUGAAAAGCUGCAGCUUCCAUCAAAAUUACAGUGACUACUGAAUUAUUUACUAAAUAUUAUACUUGGAACUAUUUGAACUAAGAAAAAAGUUUAUUAUGGAAUAAUAAAACUAAUCUCUUUAAUUCUCUACUCUCUCGUAAAGAUUGUAGCUAUGCUACUGAUUAAUAUUAAGUUUGUUUCUACGUGUAAAAGUUCAAUUCAUUUUAAUACACUUCAAAAGAGCUAUUUAUAUUAUUUUAAAAUAACUUAGGAAUAAUGUGCUGGUUGAUUUUUUAACAUAGAAAAAUUUGUUUAUCUUUUUCCAUGUAAACGUGUUUGUCUAAUUAUGUGAAUUUAUAAACACAAAAAUAAUUUUGUCAUCAGUUAGUUCUGGAAUCGUUAGGGUGUAAUCAAGUGUGAAAUUAUUUUUCAACGUCUUGCUCCAUUUUAUAAAAAUUCUCUUUAAAAACUUUUCAAGCGGAUCAUCAAGUAUUAGAACAAGACACUAUGAAUAUUUCAACUCCUAUGUAUGAAACGCAAAGUUUCCUCAAGUGUCUUGAAAAUACUGCUAUGCCUGCAAUGAAGGCUUCCAAAAGCUGGAAACACACCAUUGUUAAUUGGAUAAAGCCACUGACGUUUCAGCAAAAGCUCGAGUUGCACAAAUCUAUUUAUCCUAUGAUGAAAUGGUUAAAUAUGAUGGAUCAAAUUAUUUCGUCUCUCGGAUCAGAGUUGAUCCGAGUUAAUAAAACUACCGCACGGGCCAGACUAAUAUGUUUGCGCCAUUUCAUGCAGAAAAUCAAAACUAAACAGCAUGAAAAGGAUUGGAUUGUUAAAACGUCUAAAAAAGUUAUUAAAAAGUUGGAUUAUCUAGAUUCAAUAAUUAUGGUUCAUAAAUGGGCCACAGACAUUCAAAUUAAGUGGAUUCAAAUUUGUUCAGUGGCAAUGAAUCUCGAAAAGAUACUUUUAAAAAUUUUGACGGAUGAUGGAAACUGUUGAAUGAAGUUUUAGCCGAUCAUUCGAAAACAGCGGCUCAUUCUAUUGUGGUGGUUUUUAUAUUUUUUCUAAUUUGUGCCUUCAAAACCUUCAAUUUUAAAUUAUUAUCUCAACAAAUUAUUAAAAUUACUUUAUACGUGUUAUUUAAAAUUUUCUGUCAAUCACCAAGACUUUGUAGCUGAACUUACGGUGAUAUGAUUAUUUUUCAUCAUUUGAUGCGUAAUGCUAACAAGUUCUAAACUUUUUAUUUAUAUAUUUCUAUAACUA